AUGGAUCGAUAUGGAACCACUGAAGGUGUUCCACUGACUCUACUUGGUUCAUUUUGUGUGGCCGGAUUCACUAUUGGUGGGCUUGUUGGAGGUCUGUUGGGCGGCCUGUUAGCCAACAAAUUAGGACGGUUAGUUGGAUUAGACUCACCCCCCUUGGUCAUUUUUGCAGCCGAAAAUCCAUAUUCGUUCUCGCUGCACCCUGUCUGUCGGGGUGUAUUCUCAUGGUCACCUCGAAAAUGGCUCNUUGGCCGGGUACUCGUCGGAUUGGCUUGUGGUGCAUAUACGGGUAUCGGUCCAGCCUAUCUGUCCGAGGUUGCUCCGCCAGACAUUCGUGGCGCUGCCGGUGUGUUAAAUCAACUCAUGGUGGUGUUUGCAAUUGUCCUGGUCCAGGUGCUCGGUCUCAAAGAAGCCAUGUGCACAGAAGAUCUAUGGCCUUUUCUCCUCGGAUUGAACGCUAUUCCUUGCAUCAUCAGUGUAGUAUGUCUGGCAUUCAGUCCGGAGAGUCCACGUUACCUAUUUUUGGUAAGAAACGACGAAGAAGCUACUCGAAAAGCCCUACUCAAGUUGGGACGCACACGGGAACAGAUCAAAACGGAACUGGAAGAAAUGCGUAAGGAAACGGAAACGGUUACACAAAAGAUCUCCUUCCUGAAAUUUUUCCGUAUCAAACACUUGAGAUGGGGAUUGCUGAUUGCACUGUUCUGUCAAAUGGGUCAACAAUUGUGUGGAAUCAAUGGACUUCUUUAUUAUUCCGGUGAACUGUUUAAAUCAACGGGACUGUCUGUUGCUCAGGCCAACUACGCCACAAUCGGAAUCGGGUGCACACUUUUUGUGACCACCUUGGUUUCCGUGUUCAUUAUCGAUCGAGUUGGACGACGUGUACUGCUUCUCGGGGGUCUGUUGACCAUUUUUGCCUGUCUAAUUCUAUACACCAUAUUUCUGGUAAUUCGCAAUUCGGCCGGAGUGAACUGGCCUUCGAUCAAUUCCUUGGUUCAUUGUCGCGGAAAUGUUCACACAGGAGGCAAGGGACGUGGUGAUCUCAAUGGCCGUUCUCGUUAA